AUGGGAAAAAGAAGCAGAGACGAUUCGGAUGAUGAAGAAGAGGGUCCUACGAAGAGAUUCAGACAUCAAAAUUGCACUUCUGCCCAACCUAGAGCCAUCAUUAAAGUAUACGUUGACGGUUCUUUCUGGAAGAAGGAAAAUGGUGAACGUACAAAGAACAUGCAUUGCAAGUGUAAAAGAAGAGCAGGAUAUGGAAUCUACUUUCCGGAAAGCAAGAGGAAGAAUAAACGUUAUUACGGUCGAUGUCCACAGAAAGUCCAGAAAAGCAGUGAUGCAGAAUUUUAUGCAAUCACUCAAGCUAUCAGAUGGUUCCGUACCAACGAUACACGUUUACAUAUCUUUACAGAUUGCCUCACUGCAGUCAACGUCAGUAAGCAAUACCAAGUUUGGUUGAAUGAACAGCAUAAACGUAAAGUUCACGUCGAAACACUGUUCGAAGAAAUGCAAUCGUGCAAAUAUUUACCAAAACUGUCAUUCGUCCGUGGCCAUUCAGGUGAUGCAGGCAACAACAAAGCGGAUAAAUUAGCUAGAAAAGGUAUGCGAAAGGGAUGCGAAGGAAAGUGUGUUUGA